AUGACCGCUUCCGCAGACUUAUCGGUCAUCAACCGCAACAACACUCGCGGCCAUGGUUCGGAGAGACACUCCGGAGGUUCUCCUUAUAGACAGCAAAGCCCCGCCAAGUCCCACCGCCUUCAACCCAUCGGUGUUAACCCAGGGGCCAUGGACGACACAAAUCACCGGCCUCCCAACAGCCAUAGCACCUCCAUCUUCUACGUCCAGCAGCGCAACAUCAGACACUGA